CCGGCGCAAAAGUUUCCUCCCAACUCCGGCCCGGAGCGCCGCCGCCAGCGCCGCCCACUCCAGCCCGCGGCCUGGGGCCGGCCCUGCCACCGCCGCCAGGGCCGGGGCCGGGGCCAGGCCUGGCCGGCAGUUUCAUUUUGGAGGGCGCGGAGCCGCCGCCUCGGCCGGGCCCGGGCGGGAGGAGGAGGAGCCGGGCCGCCGAGCCGCCGCGUCCCGGGCCGCCCGCCACCUGGGUGGUAGCGCUUCCCGCUGCCGCCCCCUCUCCGAUUCCCGCCAGCGCGCGGCCGCCUGCACGGGUGGAAGGGGCGCUGCCGUGAGCCCCCGGCCCUGAGGGAGCGUCGGGGAGGGGCGCCCCGGGUCUCCAGGCCCGCCCGCGCCGGCCGUCCCCGAGAGUGGGGGCUGCGCCCGCGGGGCCGGACACCUGCUGGGCCGGGUCCGGCGUGGUUGCCAGGGGCCAGGAUGAAAGUGACCGUGUGCUUCGGCCGGACUGGCAUCGUGGUGCCCUGCAAGGACGGCCAGCUGCGCGUCCGGGAGCUCACGCAGCAGGCGCUGCAGCGCUACCUGAAGACCCGGGAGAAGGAUCCUGGUUACUGGGUGAAGAUUCAUCACUUAGAAUACACAGAUGGAGGAAUCCUGGAUCCAGAUGAUGUCUUGGCAGAUGUUGUUGAAGACAAAGAUAAGCUGAUUGCCGUGUUUGAAGAGCAAGAACCACUGCACAAGAUUGAGAGCCCCAGUGGAAACCCUGCAGAUCGGCAGAGCCCAGAUGCUUUUGAGACUGAAGUGGCUGCCCAACUGGCUGCAUUUAAACCAAUUGGUGGGGAAAUUGAAGUAACCCCUUCUGCUCUGAAACUAGGCACUCCACUGCUAGUGAGGAGAAGCAGUGACCCAGCCCCAGGCCCACCUGCUGAUGCCCAGCCAAGCGCUUCACACCCUGGUGGCCAGAGUCUGAAACCUGUUGUCCCAGAUUCCAUGCAGAACUUGGAAGAUGGAGAAGUUAUGAAUGGUGUACAGACAGAACUAGUAACAUCACCAAAAACUAAGGAUGCAUUGAGUGACAUGACAAGAACAGUGGAGAUUUCUGGGGAAGGAGGCCCCUUGGGAAUACAUGUAGUGCCCUUCUUCUCAUCUCUGAGUGGAAGAAUUCUAGGACUCUUCAUCCGAGGCAUUGAAGAAAACAGCAGGUCCAAACGGGAAGGACUAUUUCAUGAAAAUGAAUGUAUUGUAAAAAUCAACAAUGUGGAUCUUGUAGACAAAACCUUUGCUCAGGCUCAGGAUGUCUUCCGUCAGGCAAUGAAAUCCCCAGGUGUGCUUCUCCAUGUGCUUCCACCUCAAAACCGUGAACAGUAUGAAAAAUCAGUCAUUGGACCUCUUAAUAUUUUUGGUAACAAUGAUGGUGUUUUGAGAACAAAGGUGCCUCCACCUGUCCAUGGGAAAUCAGGACUAAGGGCAGUAAAUCUCACAGGAACAAACAGUCCUGAAACAGAUGCAUCAACUUCCCUGCAACAAAGCAAGAGCCCCCGGAUACCAAGACUAGGAACGAAGCCAUCCUCUCCCUCACUCUCCCCUCUCAUGGGGUUUGGCAGCAAGAAAAAUGCAAAGAAAAUUAAGAUUGACCUAAAGAAAGGCCCUGAAGGACUUGGUUUCACUGUAGUUACCAGAGACUCUUCCAUACAUGGUCCUGGUCCCAUUUUUGUAAAAAACAUUUUACCAAAGGGAGCAGCAAUAAAAGAUGGCCGCCUACAAUCAGGGGACAGAAUUUUGGAGGUAAAUGGCAGAGACGUUACUGGACGAACUCAGGAAGAGCUCGUGGCCAUGCUGAGAAGCACCAAGCAGGGAGAGACGGCAUCGCUGGUCAUUGCCCGCCAAGAGGGGAAUUUUCUGCCCCGAGAGCUGAAAGGAGAACCCGACUGCUAUGCGCUCUACCUGGAGACAACCGAGCAACUCACCUUUGAGAUCCCCCUGAAUGAUUCUGGUUCUGCUGGCCUUGGGGUGAGCUUGAAAGGGAACAAAUCCCGAGAAACUGGAACAGACUUGGGGAUUUUUAUCAAAUCCAUCAUCCAUGGAGGUGCUGCUUUUAAGGAUGGUCGUCUCCGAGUGAAUGACCAGCUAAUUUCAGUUAAUGGAGAAUCUCUUUUGGGAAAGUCCAAUCAUGAAGCUAUGGAAACACUUAGACGAUCAAUGUCCAUGGAAGGGAAUAUACGAGGGAUGAUCCAGUUGGUGAUUCUGAGGAGGCCAGAGAGACCAAUGGAGGAGCCUGUAGAGUGUGGGGCAUUUUCCAGGCCGUGCUUUGAGAACAGUCAAAACGCUGCAGCCACCUCCAGGCCUAAUGGUAACAGUACACUGCAUCCGUUUGGUGCUUACUGUCCACAAGACAAACAGAAAGACCUAUUGCUGCCCGAUGACGGAUGGGCCGAGAGUGAAGUACCACCUUCUCCUCCACCACAUCCUGGCCUGGAAUUGGACCUUGAAGAUUACAGCCACAGCUCUGGGGUGGAUUCGGCAGUAUAUUUCCCAGAUCAGCACAUCAACUUCAAAUGUGUGACACCGGCCAGGCAGCCUGAAUCAAUUAAUCUGAAAGCCUCGAAGAGCAUGGACCUUGUGCCAGAUGAAAGCAAAGUUCAUUCAUUGGCUGGACACAAAUCGGAAUCUCCAAGCAAAGAUUUUGGUCCAACUCUGGGUUUGAAAAAGUCCAGUUCCUUGGAGAGUCUGCAGACUGCCGUUGCUGAAGUCAGGAAGAAUGAACUUCCCUUCCACAGGCCCCGGCCACACAUGAUUCGAGGCCGAGGCUGCAACGAGAGCUUCAGAGCAGCCAUCGACAAAUCUUAUGAUGGGCCUGAAGAAUUAGAAGCUGACGGUCUGUCUGAUAAGAGCUCUCACUCUGGCCAAGGAGCUCUGAAUUGUGAAUCUGCCCCUCAGGGGAACUCUGAGCUAGAGGAUGCAGAAAAUAAAACCAGGAAAGUCAAAAAAGCAAAAGAGAAGGAGAAGAAAAAGGAAAAGGGCAAAUUGAAAGUCAAGGAGAAAAAGCGGAAGGAGGAGAAUGAAGACCCAGAAAGGAAAAUAAAGAGGAAGGGAUUUGGCGCCAUGCUCAGAUUUGGAAAGAAGAGAGAUGAAAAGGCAGGAAAGUCUGGGCAGAAGGGGGCUCCAAAGCAUGGUGGCCUGAGAGAAGAGGAGCUGGAAAAAAUGAAAGAAGAGCGUGAACGGAUUGGAGCAAAACAUCAGGAGCUAAGAGAAAAGCAGGCAAGAGGUCUCGUUGAUUAUGCUACCGGUGCAAUUGGAUCAGUGCACGAUAUGGAUGAUGAUGAAAUGGACCCCAAUUACGCCAGAGUGAACCACUUUCGGGAACCAUGUGCAUCAGCGAAUGUCUUUAGAUCUCCAUCUCCUUCUCGGGCUGGACCUCUUGGUUACCCUCGGGAUGGCCGUCCACUGUCUCCAGAGAGAGACCACUUAGAGGGUCUCUAUGCCAAGGUCAACAAGUCAUACCAUCCACCGCCUCCAGUUGACAGUGGCCGUCCCACGGGUGGAAGCACUGACCGCAUCCAGAAGCUGCGGAAGGAGUAUUAUCAGGCUCGGAGGGAAGGUUUCCUGUUAUAUGAAGACGACGAAGGAAGAGCAAGGCCAUCUGAUUAUGACCUUCUCCGGGUGUCUGGAAAGGGUCCAGAGGGGAGUUCACACACCCUCCGCUUGGAUGGGAUGGAGAGACAGUACGCAUCUUUACCCAGGGGAGGACCAGCAGAUCCUGUAGACUACCUGACAGCAGUGCCUCGAGGGCUCUACAAGGAAAGGGAGCUUCCAUAUUACCCAGGGGCUCAUCCCGUGCCUCCUCCCAAAGGGAGCUAUCCCCGCCCCCCAGAUUUGAGGGUGGCAGAUCUCCGGUAUCCUCAGUACUAUCCACCCCCGCCAGCCCCCCAGCACAAAGGACCCUUCCGGCAAGAUGUCCCGCCUUCCCCUCCUCAGCACCAAAGAGUGCCAGCCUAUCAGGAAAUAGGCAGACCAGGGCCCCGAGGGGGCAGCCCAGACCAGUACCCCUACCGAACCCAGGAUCCCCGGCAGAAGAACCCCAUGACUGCAGCUGUAUAGUCGAACACCCCUGAGAUCAGCCCAAGCUGGAAAGGACUACGUGGAUCACCCCCUGUGCCCUUCCUAGACCUUAUGGUCUUCUUCCUGCUUACAGUUCUCCAUGGUCCAGAUUAGCUUUUUCUCACUGACGCUGCAACCGUUGACUGCUAAUCAGAGGGGAAAAGAAGGAGCAGGGAGUUUGGGGGGCGAGGGGGAUCAGAAGG